AUGCCUCGUCAGCCUCAAGACUCGAGCAAAGGACGCCGCAGUCCAGUCACCGAUUCACCCCUCCCCGAAUCAGACCAAUACCAGAAGCCGUCACGCAAACGCAUAAGAGAGGCCGACCUUCCCUCGAGUAGAGCUCCCAAACGUCAGCGCAGUCCCCUCACCAGCUCCACUCGUCGCGACGACCCCGAUCCGCCAUCCCCACCUCGUUCUCCCCCACGAAAGCGUCCCGGUGCUAGUAGCAGGAUCAGUGCAUCUGCCAGACAGGCCGCCGAGCAAAAGAGACUACAACGCGAAGAGGAGGAGCGCAAGCAGGUACAACAGAACAGAGCUACUGCUCCUACCGACAUCGUCAGCGCUCAUUACAAUGCUGUCCCCGAAAGAGGCAGAGACUGGAGACGAUCAGAGUCCAAGAUCCAAGGCCUGCGCUCCCUCAACAACUGGAUCAAGUCUUGCAUGAUCCAAAAGUUCUCGCCCUCGGAAGAUAGAGACCACCAUCCUAUUGUCCUCGACAUGGGCUGUGGCAAAGGUGGUGACUUGCAAAAAUGGCAGUCAGCCCCUCAGACACCUCGUCUGUACGUCGGCGUCGAUCCAGCCGACGUUUCCAUCGACCAAGCAAGAGGCAGAUACAUCGAGAUGCAGCGACGAAGGAGGGGCCCUAGAAAUGCCAAACAGCUCGAGGCUCACUUCUUUGCUCAAGACGCUUUCGGUGUCAGUCUGGCCAACAUUCCCAUAGUACGCGAUGUUGGUUUCGAUCCGCACGCUGGUCCCGACACGAACGGUGCCAUUACUGCUCGCUUCUCACAAGGAGGCUUUGACGUCGUCUCGAUGAUGUUCUGUUUGCACUAUUCCUACGAGAGCGAGGAAAAGGCCAGAGGCAUGCUCAGGAAUGUGGCUGGUGCCUUGAAGAAGGGCGGUCGUUUCCUUGGUGUCAUGCCUAACUCGGAUAUUAUCCGCAGAAAGAUCGAGCAGCACAUGAAAGGUGGCGUGAAGCCCUCGGAGCCAACAAAAGAAGAUUCACCACCAGCUGGGCUGAAUUAUGACGACGACGACGCUUGGGAUCCUGAGAAACCAUCUGAAGGUGCAGCUGCUGCAGGUGACGACGAUUGGAACCCCGAGCAGAGUUUGGAUCCGCAUGCCCAAAAUGACGAAGAUGACUGGGAUCCGGAAAAGCCUCUCGAGCCACCGCAGGUUUCCAAUGGUGCUGGCAACGACGAUGAUUGGGAUCCAGAAAAGAGCCUGCAGCCCACAGCGAAUGGAGCUGCCGACAAUGACGACUGGAACCCUGAAGCUCCCAUCGACAAUGCCGUUGCUGGCGAAGAGAAGCCGAGGCCCAUUAUAAAAGCGCCAGCAUUGCCAAAAGAACCCCUGGAAUGGGGCAACUCAAUCUACAAGGUCAAGUUCCCAGAAUCGCAACCUCUACCGUUCGACGGUGUCUUCAGACCUCCUUUUGGUUGGAAGUAUUUCUACUAUCUCGAGGAAGCUGUCGAUGUGCCCGAAUUUGUGGUACCAUGGGAAGGAUUCCGUGCUCUUGCUGAGGAGUACGGUCUGGAGUUGAUGUACCGCAAGCCCUUCCCAGAAGUUUGGGAAGAUGAAAAGGACGACUACGAACUUGGACCGCUAAGCGAACGUAUGCGAGUCAAGGAUAGAGAAGGCAGGUUUUUGGGCACAAAGGAGGAAAUGGAGGCGGCAGGCUUCUACCACGCCUUCUGCUUCUACAAGAUCUAG